AAAAAAAGAGAAGCUACGCUUCCUUAUCGGGAAAGAAAACAGCUGAUGCGAGCAGCUGCGAGCUUACUGACCCGGCCUCAACAGUACCCAAGGAGGGAAGGAGAAAAGGCAUGAAGAUACUGGGUCAAGUAACGGGCCAAAUUACAGGGCGGGUUUAUGAGAGAUGUCAGGGUCCCGCAGCACAGCUCCGGCAGAAGUUGUACAAAGCAGCAGUCAAAUGAGGGUCCCAGUGCGAUGGAGAAGUCAGGCAGCUGCAGCUGCAGCCACAGCAACAAAAAGCACAAAACCUCAAAUUCAGCCAGAAGCGCGGAAACCUAAAACGGGAAUCUUGAUGUUAAACAUGGGAGGUCCAGAAAGGCUGGAUGAUGUGCAUGAUUUCUUACUCCGUCUCUUCUUGGACAGAGAUCUAAUGACGCUUCCAGCACAAAAUAAAUUAGCACCAUUCAUUGCUAAACGCCGCACCCCGAGAAUCCAGGAACAAUACAGCAGGAUUGGAGGCGGAUCACCAAUCAAAAAGUGGACGGCGGUGCAGGGAGAAGGCAUGGUGAAACUGUUGGACAGAAUGUCUCCUCACACUGCACCUCACAAAUACUACAUUGGUUUCCGGUAUGUCCACCCUCUGACAGAAGAGGCAAUUGAAGAGAUGGAGAAAGAUGGGAUUGAAAGGGCUGUUGCCUUCACGCAGUAUCCACAAUACAGCUGCUCUACCACAGGAAGCAGUUUAAAUGCUAUUUAUCGCUACUAUAAUAAAAAGGGGGAGAAGCCAAAGAUGAAGUGGAGUAUAAUUGACCGAUGGCCCACACAUCCCCUUCUUAUUCAGUGCUUUGCUGAACAUGUACAGAAGGAACUGGAUUUGUUUCCACCUGACAAAAGAAAAGAUGUUGUUAUCCUUUUCUCGGCUCACUCGCUCCCAAUGUCUGUAGUGAACCGCGGUGAUCCAUAUCCUCAAGAAGUGGGAGCUACUGUCCAAGGAGUCAUGGAGAGGCUGAACUAUUCCAAUCCUUACCGGCUUGUGUGGCAGUCCAAGGUUGGGCCAAUGCCUUGGCUUGGUCCACAGACAGAUGAAACCAUUAAAGGACUGUGUCAAAGAGGAAAGAAGAACAUGUUGUUAGUCCCGAUAGCUUUUACAAGUGAUCACAUUGAAACACUUUAUGAGCUGGAUAUUGAGUAUGCCCAAGUUUUAGCAAAUGAGUGUGGAGUUGAGAACAUCAGAAGAGCAGAAUCUCUUAAUGGAAAUCCUCUGUUCUCCAAGGCUCUGGCAGACUUGGUCUAUUCACAUAUCCAGUCGAAUGAAAUCUGCUCUAAGCAGUUAACCCUCUGCUGUCCGCUCUGUGUAAAUCCUGUCUGCAGGGAGACAAAAGCCUUCUUCACUAAUCAACAGCUGUGAUGGGCAAUCUGGGAGAACACUGUUGGAUUAUACAGGAAACAAACUUUGCCUUGGUGACAAUGUAAAGAAAAGGAACUGUUUGAUCGAACUCUUCUCUCUGUUACGUACUUACAGAAUGGUAGUCUCACUGACGUUAACCUGAGGAGAACUUGACGUUUUUGUUUUUUUUUUUUUUUUGUGUGUGUAGGAAGUAGGGAAAUAAGGGCCUGAUCCUAUGAGAUAUGGAGAGACCUCAUCUUGCCUAAUUCUAAUGGGACUUAGCAGGAGCCCAGCAUGCACUGAAAAAACUUACAAAGCUUUUAUAUAAUUUGGCUUCUAUCUGCUUUGCAGGGAAAUUGGCUUCUGUCUAUUUUGCAAGAAUUUCUUUGUGUGUGGUUUCAUCAUGAUUACAUUGAUUUCAGCUUUCCGGGUCAAGUGUACAAUUAUUUGCUUUGUUUAUGCUUAUGGUACAGUAUAGCCAGCACAGUCACCAGUUGUCUCUUCUGACAGUGAUCUUUUCAUAUAGGUUUUGAAGAUCAAGUGACUUCUAAUGCUUUUUAAAAUAACAUAUAUUUUUUUAGAACAUAAGGAUAAGGUUUUGUUUUGUUUUUCCUGCCAGAGGCUUCCUAUGAAUGCUUAGCUAUGAUAGUAGAUCUCCCAAGAUUUGUUUACACUUUCUAGAAGAACACGUUCAUUAUCUUCAGGAAAGCCCUGUGUUUGGAGAGCAUAAAACGAAAGAAAGAAUCUUGCUUGGGCGAUGCUGAGGAAUGUGCUCAGUUGAAACCGACUCUCUAGGUUUCAAGUCUAGGAGCCAUCAACAGGGCAUGUUGGAACGUGUUGGCUCAUCUUUUUUUUUUUUUUUUAAUUAUUAUUAAAAGGGCUUUCUCUGGUUGAGUAAACUUAGGAAGUCAGACUUGCUCUCCAGAAGUUUUAUAGAUGUGCUCUGUGUUUUUUGCUGUGUCACAGUGCUGUGGUUUUUGGGGGAUACCUAUGGAGCUAUGUAGGUAGAACUGGCCUAACUUAAUUGAUGCUGUCAUUUAGAACUGAGAUGAUAAAUUGGGAGUAAAUUAUAUGGUAGAUGCCCGAGAGGAGAGCAGGCUACCCCUUGUGUUGAAAGCUGUGUGCUUUUUUCAGGUUUAGAUCCCGUAGUCUGAAGCUGAAAUCCAUCUGUUGGAUUUCUGACACUUGCAGUGGGUCUGGAGUAUGCACCCAUAAUCCAUCUAAAUUGCUUGUUUUGGCAGGCAUUUGGAUGCCUCAGGACUGUCUGAAUCCACUUCUAAGUAGUGUUAGUUUUGUAGAGUGAAAAACCUUUUUAGGGCAACACUCUUUUCACUGUCAACACCAGGACAGAUGUCCAGGUUAGUCUUGGGACAGGAGGGGAUUUUGUUUCCCCUGGCUGGUCACCACAUAACAUUUCUGACCUUGGGACCUGAAGUAGUUCAGGGCAAAAGUACCGCAGCACCUCAGUUAAUGGUCUUUCACUCCAGGCCUGUCCUGGGAUGAAGGAAGAGCAAAGCUGUGACCAGUGUUCUGUGGCAUUGAGCCAUUACGAGUAUUAGUCUAGCUGUUAGCUUCUUGGAUAUAAACGUUUAUGUGAUUAGCACUGAAAUGCCAGUCCUUUGGCAAUGCAGGUUGUUUUCAGACAGAGACCCUCUGUAAACUGAGGACCAGCUAAUCGUAAGAUUUGAAGAAGCAGAAUUCAUGCUACUCGGACAGUUUUAUUUGCUUAUAUAAUUAAGAAGCAUGAACAGUUUGAACCUCUGAUAUUUUUAAUGAUAAGGUUGUUUAAAAAGAAAAUAGGCCCCUGUUGGUGUAACAAGGGCUUACUCUAUUGUUUUGACCAUAAACAUAUGGUUCCCUUGUUCUAAAAUAUGUUAGAAGAAUUAAACCUAGGAUAUUAAAGAAAUAAGUGGGUGCUGUGUUGAUCAGCCAGUGGGCCGCAUACUGUUGUGGAGUGAUGUAAGCUGUACCCUCCUGCCUUUCUGGGACCCAUGGCCUAAUAUGUCUUGAGAGUUGAAUGAAGUGUCUCUACUGCCAUACUGCAGCUUCUGAGUGUGAUUAUGGUGAGACAGACUUAAACUCCUCCAGUGACAGAACCUCCCUACACUACUGCUGCUAUCCCUUGUUGCUUCAGCAGAAAGAAGUCUUCCUUAACCCUUUGUUUCUAUGCCUAUUCUCAGUAGCAGGGGCAGGUCUGCAGAAGAAGCCAAGGAUAUGAGACCAUGCUGCCUGUCCAGGGCUUUGACUUCCAGCACCUUGCUCUAUUUUUAGUGCUUUCUGAUUAGUAGAGAUGGAUGGUUUUCAAGCAGUGGGAGAAUCUGUAGGGCAGUUUUUCCCCUUUUGUGGACAUGAGUGGAGACUGGGCUUUUGAAUGUCUAUGUUGAAUGGGACCGUAGCAGGGUGGCAAGGCGCUACGUAGCCAAAACCGUCUCCCUCCAGGAGCUUCAGUCGCCUUUAAACCUUUCAGUUCUGGUUCAAGUGUGCUCUCUUGUCUGCCUUGGCAUGGAAAGUACCAGAGUUCUCCAAGUGGCUGCUAGCCCUGCGGGGAGCCCUUGUGUACAUCUCCAGCCUCCUGUCCUUGCCCCGUUCCUAGUCUCCACUCGUCGUGUUGGCAGGAAAAUGGAACACUAAGAGCCCAUUGCUGCCCUCGCUCAGAUGGCGUUGGUAGAGUUGUUGCCUGUGUAUGGAAGGGUGAAAUUUUCAAGGAAAGGCUUUGAUGAAUCAAUGUCAAAAGAAUAACAAUGUUUGCAGUGUAUGUGAGGAGCGAACUUUGACCUUAUGUCUCUCUUUGAAGAACUGCUUCUCUCCAUUCCCACUUCUCUGCUUCACGCUUGUGGGUUGGUAGCAAACAGUCUAUUUUAUAAAAUGUUCCUACUGAUACCUCUGUAAGUUGAAGGGUAUAUUGACCUUCAAAUCCAGGUUGUGACCAGCACUUUUGCACAUGUGAAGCUAUAAAUAUAGACUGGCUUUUUAUUUCCCUACUAGAGGUGGUAGGGAAAAUAUUAGCUGGCAUUAAUUAUGAGACAUUAUAUUUGUCCCCAGUAAUAGAAGGUAUUUAAAAUUCACUUUUAAAGUGCUAACCACAAGUGAGAUAAUUACUAGGCCUGUUUAGGCUAUUGUUACUACUAGACCAUAAUGUAGAAAUCACUUAAUUUUCUAGCUUUUAGCAGAUGGAUCAUGUCUUAUUGAGUUGGUGGGGUUUUUCAUUUUGUUGAACAGAGCGUAUGGUAUCACACUGUCUACUAUUUCACAAAAGUUAUUUUGUCUCAAUGCAACAUCAAAAAGCCUGCUGAAAGACUACCUUAGCAAGUUAGCUAGCAGCUCUACUGAUUAUUUUUAAUAGAAAUCUGUCUUUUUUCCCUUGCAUUUAAAAAUUAAAUAAAAAAAAGAAAUCGCAGACACUGAUAACAGUGGGAAUUCUGUUGCCAUUGAAAUGUUCUGAUCAUGGGUUUUAUGUUUGGAAGCAUUUAUAACUAUGCUAACUAACAGUGGAAUUCAUUUGACCUUACUUUAGAUGCUUACAAUGCAGAUGUCAAUAUCUGAGCUAGUCUCCUAGGCACUGUUUAUGGUCAAAAGGUGUCUUCUAAUAAGUACUUCUGAGAAAUGAUUCAUCUUCUCUUGAGACAGAUGUCCACAACAGGUUGGAUGAUUUCAGCCCUGUUGCUGCCUCCCUGUGAAGGGAGCUUGGUGCACUAGCUCAGAUGUGGUUAGCUACCUUGCAGCUGUCUAAAAUAAGGAGAGACGAAGCCCAUCCUGAUGGGUUUUGAAAUGUUCCGUUUAUGUGCCUUCUUGUUGUGCAGCACUCUACCAAUGCUUUGUAGCUACUGUAAAAGGGAGACUGUAGUCUCACUUAAUUCUACAUUUAUGCAUUUGGUUUGCCCCUGUGGCAGAUUUAAAAUAUUUGGUGCUAUUAACUCAGGCCCCAGUCUUUUCAGAUCCUGACCACUUUCUGCUCUGAUUGAAUUGAUUUGAAAAUAUGAAGGUGCCAGCAUCUGGGACGCUCAAGUCCUUGGACGAUAAUCUUAAUUUGUGGGGUUUUUUUGUUACUAAUUAUACUCCUUUUACAGUACUUUGUUUCAUUUGCAAAUGUUUUUCAUUUACAUUUACCUUGACAAAAAAGUCACCAGUGGAAGUGAGUUUAAGUGAUCUGUUGAGGCAGUGUUGUGUCUGAGGAUUUCGUUAAUAAGAGCUGAGUCUUCAGGCUGGAAUUCUAGAGCUGAGGGGCUUUGGAGGCAGUGCGAUGUUACUGUCCCCUUGCCUAGGCUUUUUUGUUGUUGUUUUUGUGCUAAUGCUGCUGCUUGUGGUGCAGUUUGCAGUGCAGGCUCACAAACAAUUGGCACACCUGAGACUGCAGGCCAGGGAUCAAAAUCUUCAAACCGACACUCCCAGUAUUGUGGAGCUCUGACCUGAGUAUGUGGUUUCAAAACAGAGGAAUUCAGAGAUGGAGCCCUUGAUGUCCUAAGGAAAGAAGUGGGAAAUAAAGACGUUUACAAAUGGAAUGUUUUGAAGAGUUUGCUCAUGAUUAGACUGUCCUCCUGCUUUAACUCUCUUUUUGCCUUUUCUUUGGUUGAUAUAAGUUUUUUCUCUCUUGGAGUUUAAAAAAAAUCUGCUUACUUGGCUGCAUUUUGGAAAAUGUGAUAGCUUCCAAAAGUGGUGCUGUAAUACUGAAAGGUGUGUGGGUAGUAUCUGUGAGCUAACAUUCUGGUCCUCCUUUGUAAGAGGAUUUUACAGUUGAACUUAGUGGGAACGGGAUUUUCCUGGAAAUACCUAAAAGCUCACUUUAUUCCCUCUCUGCCACAACCAGAGAGUGGGAAAUUAUGAAGUGUAAGAUGCAAAAGAGAGAAGUUCCUUUUAUUUUUUUAAUACCAAUGUGUACAAAUACUUGCUUUCAGUUCAAGAUACAGAUUUUAGAUUGAACAAGAACUUCCAUUAAGGGUAACACAAACAAUUUGUAUAACCGUACUGUGUAUCAUUUGCCAUAAAGAUGGAAUUUCGAUUAAAGUUUUUUUGAAAGAAAUAACCAA